AUGACCGGUGCCCGGCAUCGCCCCCCGGGCACUUCCCACCAGCUGCUGACGGUGCUCGCUGUGCUCGUGCUGUGUUGCCCGACACUACGGGCACAAACACCCGAACCUGAGCUCUCGGUGCCGGGACUGAUAUUCGCCGCGGGCAGCCACAGCCCAGAGGGCGCAGGCAUCCUGGCCCCCCGGCCGGGUCUCCGUGUACCCCUGGGCCGCUCCAUGUUGCUGGACCCGGCCCGGGACCUGGUGAUCCGUGUGCAGCCCGGGGACCGUUGUAUGGUAACGGUACUGGGCAAGGAGGGAGGCAGAGUGGCUACAGGCUUCCCACCGCCGGGCGCGCUCUCCCCAGUCAGCUUCCCGUGCGCCUUCGGCCCGGAGCAAGUUCGCUACACUCACUUUGGCGCCCGCAGCCCCGCGCAUCAGCGCCUCCGACUGCAGCUGCGCUACGAUUCCCCGAGCCGGACCUUCAUUCUACCCUUCACGAUGCCUGUGGACGUUGACUUCACGCAGUUCGAAGUGGUCACUCAUAACCUGCCCUUGACCGUGGAAAAGCUGCGGGGCUUCAGCAACGCCAUUGACCACAGGGUGCUGAACUUCUCCACCGCCUCUCUCACUGCGUCCUCUCCAAAUGGGGUCCCUCUGACAUGCCGCCUCACCCCACUUCCCCGGGAAAGUGGCCCUUUGCCCAGGUAUGGAAAGUUAGUAGACCACUCAGGUGACCCACUGCCCCCAGGCACGGAAAUGGACUGUCAGGUUUUCCUGAUGGCAGGGGUGCACUACCAACAUACAGCCAGCACCCGGUCACCCAAUCGGGACUACGUGCCCUUCCUGGUGGAGAUCUUAGGUCCAGAAAAGGAGGGAGACAUUAGACUACCCAGGAUCCUGGCCCAGGAGCACUUCCAGAUGCUAGUGAGAAUUCAAGAAGGAACAGAGAACACUCCACCCAGGCCUAGCUUCGGAGCCAUGAUGAUGAUGGAGGUGGACCAGUUUGUACUGACAGCCCUGACUCAGGAAUCACUAGCAGCUGAGGACUUGGAAUCCAAUUCAGAUGAUUUGGUCUUUAACAUCCUCAGCUCCCCCACUGCACUUCCUGAGUCCCACAGGCAGCAAGGCUACUUGAUCAAUACUGAUGACCCCUUCGGCCAACCAGUCACCUCAUUUACUCAGCGGGACCUAAGGGAGCUAAAGAUUGCCUACCAGCCCCCUACUGAUGACUCCAACCAGGAGCGUCUUUUCCAGCUGGAAUUGGAAGUAACGGAUGUGGAUGGUGCUGCCUCAGACCCAUUUGCCUUCAUGGUAGUAGUGAAACCCAUGAAUACAUUGGCCCCUGUGGCCUCUCGGAACCAGGGACUAUUACUGUUUGAAGGUCAGUCUCGGCCUCUGUCCAGUGCCCAGAGCUUGGAGAUCAGUGAUGAAGACAACCUGGAAGAGGUAAGGGUGACCGUAGCAAAGGGUUUGAGGCAUGGGCAGCUGGUGGUUCUUGGAGCACCUACAGAGCGCAAAUAUUUCACUUCAGCAGACCUAACUGCAGAGCGAGUGAUUUACCAGCAUGACGGCAGUGACACCUACAGCGACAACAUCAUUUUCCACAUGGGUGAUGGGCUCCAUGAUGUAGAAUUCCUCUUUUCCAUCACUAUUGUCCCUGGUGAUGAUGAGCCCCCAAUUGUCAAUACCAACACUGGACUCUCCUUGGCCGAGGGUGAAGUCGUUCAGAUUUCCCGCUUUGUACUUAGUGCCACAGACAUUGACUCUGAAGACUCAACCAUUCGCUUUGUACUAAAGAAGCCAGCCCUGGAGGGGAAGGUGGGAGAGAGAGGGUGGGGUCUGGCCCCCAGUUCCUCCAUCACAAUGCAGCACCUAGGAGAGGUCCUGUUGCGCCAAAGUGAACCCCCACCACCCCUGAUAAAUGAAGGAGGGCAAGGAUGGGCCUAUGUGGAAAAAGAAGGACUCUAUGAAAAGGUGGUGACUGAAUGGCUACAGCAAGACAUCCUGGAAGGGAGGCUCUUUUACCACCAUCUUGGAGCCCAUCACCCUAGACCCAUGAUAGAUCAAUUGGUGUUCCAUGUGCAGGAUGACCAUGACCCACCCAACCAAUCAGGUCAACAUUUCUUCAUCAUCAAGGUGCAGCCAGUGGAUAUUCUGAGUCCAGAGUUACAUCCAGGAGUGAGUUUAGAGAUGACUGUGAAAGAAUACCAGCUCACUCCUUUCCAAAAGAAAUUUCUCUGCUAUACUGAUGUGGAUUCUGAUGACUGGCACCUGCGAUAUAUGCUCCUGACACCCCCUACAGACAUAGAUAAUAACCACCCUGUCCCAGCCGGGGAAAUUGUGCUUACUGAUGACCCAACAACACCUGUCACACAGUUCACCCAGGCCCAGGUGAAUCACCACAAGGUAGCCUACCAGCCUCCCCAGCAAGAAGUAGGCAUUGCUCCUCGAGUUGUCCAAUUCAUGUACCGUGUGGAGGAUGCUUCAGGUAACUCUGUGCCAGGUACCUUCAGUUUGUUCCUGCAGCCUGUGGACAACCAACCUCCAGAGAUUACCAACAGUGGUUUCACUGUUCGAGAGGGGAAGAACUUUAUUCUGACCACUAGGGAACUAGAUGUUAUAGACCCAGACACAGAUGCUGACAAGAUUGUGUUCACUUUAGCACAGGGACCCCAACAUGGUCAUCUCCUUUAUUUAGAAAGAGUCAUGGCCUCAGGUACUUACUUUAUGAAAGAUGAUAUCUUUAAUGGACAUAUCUCCUAUCAACACAGUGGUAGUGAGACCACCAAUGAUGCCUUCCAGUUGAUUGUGAGUGAUAUGGUUCACCAAGUGCCCAUUACUAUCCAAAUUACUAUAAAGACUAUUGAUGAUGAGAUCACCAUCCCUGGAGGUGGCUGGGUGGGUAUUUCCAUUGAUGUUGUAGAGAAUGGGGCCACAGAGAUAACCACAGGUAUCAUUCAGGGCACAGAUAUGAACACAGAUAACCUGAUGACCUUCACGGUAGAGAAAUCCCCAAAGCUGGGCAUUAUCCUGGUGAAUGGGUUGCCCACAGAGCAGUUCACCCAAAGUGAUCUCAUCAAUGGGGCAGUAGUCUAUGCCCACACUGGGGGUGAGAUUGGCAUGCAGACACAGCAUGAUGCUUUCAACCUUACGAUAUCUGACCACUCUGAUGUCUGGGUGGUAGAGGGCAAAAUAGUGGAGGGUGUGCAAGUACAGGUGACUGUGCUACCCAUAGAUAGUGUGCCUCCAGAGGUGAAAGUGGGGGAAUUAUUCAGUGUCCCUGAGGGUGGGAAGGGCACCUUGACCCUAAGACAUUUAGACACUAAGGAUGUAGAUACCCCCCAUGAUGAUGUCUUGUGUACUAUCACUGGUCAGCCCUCAUUUGGCUACCUGGAAAAUAGCUCUCCAGCCCCUGGCUCAGAGAAGUCCCAAGUUGGCACCCCCAUCAGUGCCUUUACCAUCAACGAUGUACGCCUGGGGCACAUCAAUUACAUCCAAAGUAUCCACAAAGGGGUAGAGCCACGGAAGGAUCAAGUCACUUUUUAUUGCUCCGAUGGUGUCAACUUCUCUCCCAACUACAUUUUCCCCAUCAUCAUCCUGCCCACCAAUGAUGAACAACCAGAACUUUUCACCCGUGAAUUUGUGGUGCUGGAAGGGAUGAGUCUAGUUAUAGACACUCCUCUACUCAAUAGUGCCGAUGCCGACCUGCCACCAGAUGAGCUACAAUUUCAGAUCACAGUGCAACCCCAGAAUGGACGAAUUGUGCAGCAGUUGGCCACUGGAAGCCAACCCGUCCACAGCUUCACCCUGGAGGAGAUUCAAGAGGCCUCCACUAUUGUAUAUGAACAUGAUGACUCAGAGACCAAAGAGGACAGCUUUGAGGUUUGGGUGACGGAUGGGAAACACAUGAUCCAUAGGAAAAUUCCAAUCACAGUGAUCUUGGUGGAUGAUGAGACCCCACGGCUAACCAUCAAUGAUGGACUGGAAGUGGAUAUUGGGCAAACCAAAGUCAUAACCAACCAGGUCCUCCAGGCCACAGACCUUGACUCAGAUGACAAGGACCUGGCUUACAUUCUUCGAUCAGGACCUGGACAAGGACUUCUACAGAAGCUCCUUGAGCCUGGAGGGAAGGUGUGGAGCAACCUUACUCUGGGUAUGAACUUCACGCAGUCUGAAAUUGACCAGGGCUUAAUCUGUUAUAGCCACAAAGUCCUAGAAGGGGCCCAGGAUCUAAUCAAAUUUGAUGUGACUGAUGGAAUUAACCCCUUAUUAGACAAGUAUUUCUAUGUCACUAUCAGUGGCACAGACAAGGUUUUUCCUGAAGUGAUCAACAAAGGGGUGACCCUGAAAGAAGGUGGCAGAGUGACCCUCACUACUGAUCUUCUCAGUACUAGUGACAUCAAUAGCCCUGAUGAACAGUUAUGCUUCAGCAUCACCCGUGCCCCAAGUCGAGGGCACCUGGAAAGUUCUGACUUUCCUGGGAAGCCUAUUGAUUAUUUUACCCAGCUUCAACUGGCUGGCAAUAAAAUCUCCUAUGUCCACACUGCAGAAGAUGAGGUAAAGAUGGACAGCUUUGAGUUUGAGGUGACUGAUGGCCAUAAUACAAUAUUCCAGACCUUCCAUGUCUCUAUCAUUGAUGUGGAUAACAAGAAGCCUGUCUUGACCAUUCACCACUUAUUGGUACAGGAAGGGGAGAGAAAGCUGAUUACUCCAUUCGAACUGUCAGCUGAGGACCAGGACAGCUCAGACAGCCAUCUACGCUUCACAAUCACACACAUCCCCACUCAUGGACAAAUUCUGUAUAAUGGCAGCCAGCCCAUUUCCAGCUUCACCAAACAAGACUUGAAUGAGAAUUUGAUCAGCUAUUGGCAUGAUGGCACAGAGACCACUGAAGACAGUUUCUCUUUCAUUGUGACAGAUGGCACACAUACAGAUUUCUACAUUUUCCCAGACACUGUCCUGGCGACACACAAGCCCCAGGUAAUGAAGAUCCGAAUCAACUCCUUGGAUAAUGGAGUACCCCAGAUUGUGGUCAACAAGGGUGCCCCAGCUUUGAGGAUUCUUCAGACUGGCCACUUGGGCUUCCUGAUCACCAGCAAAUCUCUUAAAGCAAAGGAUCAAGACAGUCCACAUAAACUUCUCAAGUAUACAGUCACCAGUGGACCAGAACAUGGCAACCUCAUUCACCUUGGCCUUGGAAGUGGCAACAUUAAGAUGUUUAUACAAGCUGAUAUUGAUGAGAUGAAGCUCUGCUAUGUCUUGAAAGAGGGCAGCAAUGCAACCAGUGAUACUUUCUACUUCUCUGUUGAAGACACUGGAGGAAAUAAGCUAACAAGUCAAUCCUUCCAUCUAAACUGGGCUUGGAUUUCCCUAGAGAAAGAGCGCUACGUCAUCGAUGAAGAAUCCAAGCUCUUAGAAGUAACCCUCAAGCGCAGAGGAUACCUGGGAGAGACGUCCUUCAUCAGCAUUGGAACCAAGAACGGGACAGCACAAAAGGACAAAGAUUUCAAAGGAAAGCCCCAAAAGCAGGUUCAGUUCAAUCCUGGCCAGUCUACAGCCACUUGGAAAGUGAGGAUCAUAUCAGAUGGCAAGUAUGAGACCUCAGAGACCUUCCACAUCAUUCUUUCUGACCCAGUCAUGGCUGCCCUGGAGUUCCCAAAGAUGGCAACUGUUGAAAUCGUUGAUCCCAAUGAUGAGUCAACAGUUUACAUUCCAGAGUCAGAAUACAGAAUAGAGGAGGACAUUGGCGAGCUCUUGAUUCCUAUUAGGCGAUCUGGAGAUGUAAGCCAGGAACUCAUGGUACUUUGCUCUACACACCAAGGAACUGCUUCAGGCACAAUUCCUUCCUCUGUCUUAUCUUACUCUGACUACAUCUCCCGCCCUGAAGACCACACCAGCAUCCUCCGUUUUGAUAAGGAUGAAACUGAGAAAAGAUGCCGAGUCAUCAUCAUUGAUGACUCCCUUUAUGAAAAAGAGGAGACCUUCAACAUCACGCUGAGCAUGCCAAUGGGUGGGCAAGUCGGUGUCAGAUAUCCCAGCUCCAAAGUUGUCAUCCUGAAGGAUGCUGAUGAUGAACCUGCCCUGUAUUUUGAGAAUGCUGAAUAUCAUGUUGAUGAAAGUGCUGGUUUUGUGGAAGUUUUUGUAUGGAGAAAGGGGACUGACCUUUCCAAACCAGCCACAGUCACCAUUCAAUCAAGGAAAACGGAGCCAGUGUCAGCAGAAGCUGGCAUGGAUUAUAUUGGUGUGAGCCAAAACCUCAACUUUGCUGCUGGAGAAGACAUGAAGACUUUCCAUGUGACCAUUCUAGAUGACCUGGGGCAACCUGUCUUAGAGGGUCUGGAGAAGUUUGAAUUGGUUCUCUGCAUGCCCAUGGACUCGGUGCUUGGGGAACCUAGCAAAACUACCAUUAUCAUCAAUGACACCGUCACAGACUUACCCAAGGUCCAAUUCAAGAAGCCCUUCUACACGGGAAAUGAAAGAGAUGGGCAGGUCAAAGCCAUCAUCUCCCGCAAUGGAGACAUCAGCCACAACUCCACAGUACGCUGCUACACUCGCCAGGGUUCUGCCCAGGUGACAGUGGACUACAAGGAAAGGCCCAACACAGAUGACUCCAUUGUUAUUUUUCUUCCAGGAGAGACAGAGAAAGCCUGUGUGGUGACCUUAGAGGAUGAUUUCAUUUAUGAAGACGAUGAAGAGUUCAGGCUUAUACUUGGCACCCCAAAAAGCAGCUCUGCCUUUGGUGCCUCUGUUGGAGAGCAAAAAGAGAUGCUUAUCAGGGUCAAGGAUGAGGAAGACAAGCCAGUGAUCAAGUUCUCCAAAGGCAAGUACAGCGUCCAGGAGCCUCAGCACCCCGGGGACAGUGCUGUGCUCAGAAUCCCAGUGGUGCGCCUGGGGGACACCUCCAAAGUGUCUGUGGUAAGGACCCACACAAAGGAUGGUUCAGCAGCCUCUGGGGAAGACUACAACCCUGUGUCAAAAGAUAUUGAGUUCAAGGAAGGAGAAACUGAACACUUUAUAGAAAUUGAAGUCUUAUAUGAUGGCAUAAGGGAAAUGAGAGAAGCAUUGACAGUUCACCUGAAACCAGAUGAAAAUAUGGUGGCAGAGAUACAGAUGAAUAAAGCCGUCGUGUACAUUGAAGAAGUGGACAGUGUUGCAGAUGUCACCUUUCCAGCCAUUCCCCAAGUCGUCUCACUCCUCAUGUACGGUGAUGCAUCUGCAACCAAAGAGAAACCUAGCCCACCACCCGGCUACCCCGUUGUGUGUGUGACGGCAUGCAACUCCAAGUAUCCAGACUAUGGCAAGACAGGGUCCAUUUGCACAGUGGAAAACAUUAAUGACACCUUGACCCUGUAUCGGUGGCUGGUUGGUGCUCCAGCCAGCAGCACUGGAGUCACCAGUCCCAUGCAAGAAAUAGAUGCCAACACUUUCUUCACCAACACCAAGUCCAUUACCCUUGACUCCAUCUACUUCCAAGCUGGGUCGAGGGUACAGUGUGCCGCACGGGCUGUUAGUAAGAGUGGCGAUGUGGGGCUGGAGCUUCUGAGUUCAGUCAUAACUGUCAGCAAAGACGGCCUUUGUCAGCCACGUAUGCCUGGAAUGGUAGGAGCCGAACCUUUCUCAGCCAGGAUCCGCUAUACUGGGCCAGAUGAACCCGAUUACCCCAACCUGAUCAAGCUCACUGUCAGGAUGCCUCAUCUGGAUGGAAUGCUGCCAGUCAUCUCCACCCAACCUCUGUCCAACUUUGAGCUGACGCUGAGCCCUGAUGGGAUGCGGGUGGGCAACCACAAGUGUUCCAACCUCCUAGAUUACAGUGAGAUCCAGACCAGGCAUGGUUUCAUCACCAAAUAUGCCAGGAGCACAGAUAUAAUCGGUGAGACGUUACCCUACCAGUACAAUGCUUCUCUGAGGCCUGCCCGGACCCUCCGCUUUUACCACAACCUUAAUCUUGAUGCCUGCCUCUGGGAAUUCAACAGCUACUAUGCCAUGUCAGAACUCCUAACAGCCUGCGGUGGCUCUGUUAGCACCGAUGGCCAGGUAUUAAACAUAGUGCAGUCCUAUGUCACACUGCGGGUGCCCCUCUUUGUCUCCUAUGUCUUCCAUUCCUCAGCAGCAGUUGGGGACUGGAAGCAUUUCGACUUGCGGUCUGAGCUGAGGCUUACCUUUGUGUAUGACACCGCCAUAUUGUGGAAAGAAGGCAUUGGCAAUCCCCCAGGAUCAGAGCUUCAGGGAACUCUUCACCCAACCAGCAUGCGAAUCAAUGAGGAAGGACGGCUGGUGGUUAACUUCCAAACAGAGAUCUGGUUCCGAGGACAAUUUGUAAUUUCUCACCCAGGAAUGUCUCUGACAUCAGUGGUGGUGUCCACGGAUCACCCUGGUCUCACCUUCACCCUAAGCCUUCUGAGAAGCGAGCCAGCCUCCCACCAGCCAAGGCAGCAGUGGAGUUUUGUCUCUGACUUUGCUAUUUGGGACUACUCUGGGACCUAUACCAUCAAGCUUAUCCCUUGUGUGGCAGCCCCACAACAAGAAUAUACUCUUCCUAUAAUAUGUCACCCCCGGGAGCCAAUCACUUUUGACCUUGACAUCAGGUUCCAACAGGUCAGUGACCCAGUAGAUGCUGAAUUCAGUCUAAACACUCGAAUGUUUCUCCUCUCCAAAAAGGAGCUCUGGGUAUCUGAUGACUCCAUGGACUUUCUGGAAGGAUCUGAUGUAGCUUUUUCUGAAGGUUCGAUAAUCUAUGGCCGCGUUACGGUGGAUCCCGUUCAGAAUCUUGGUGACACUUUCACUUGUAACAUUGAAAAAGUCUUCCUGUGCACGGGUGUUGAUGGCUAUGUACCCAAAUACAACCCAGAAAAUAAAGAUUAUGGAUGCCUGGUUGACUCACCCUCUCUCCUGUACAGAUUCAAGAUACUGGAUAGAGCUCAGCCAGAGACACAGGUCAGGAGAUUUCGAAAUGUGUCAUUCAAUGCUCAUUUAGCCGCUGACCACGAAGAUGCACUUCCUUUAGUGAAACAGCCAGGAUCUGAUGGUUUCAGCCUGUCCUCAGCAGCCCUCUUUCAGGUGGCUGCUGGGAGAGAGUGGUAUCUCCAUGCAAUUUAUACUGUCCGCUCAAGGGAAAAUGCAAACAAAGACAUUGGGAAGAGGAGCAUAGAAUACCAACACAUGCCUCCCCCUGCUGUUAGCCUGGCGGGGGCCCUUUCCUCGAAACGCAGUAGAAGAGCUAACUCAGAUGCCUCCACCCUGACUCAAGACAUCAGCGCAGAUCAGAACAGGGGCACCAACAUUCAGCAUGUGUCCCUGGUCCAUUCCACCAAGGCCGUCUUCAGCCACAAGGGCUUUUUGCCACCAGGAACACAUGACCGGCAGCCAGGGUUAGAAAUGGCGGAUGUGAAGAGGCCAAGUAGCACCGGGCCUGUUAUAGGGGGAACUGUCAGCCUGUUGCUGCUGAGCUGCACCAUGUUAGUAUUUCUCUUGAGACACAGGAGAUGGGCUUCAGAUAAGAAGGCCAUGCCAGGCAACAGAAAAACUAUAACCGUACAGCAUGGCAGCAAUGACUCCUCAGAGGUUUAG